AGUCGAUUCCAACUCAUAACGACCCUGUAGGACAGAGUAGAACUGCCCCUUAGGGUUUCUGAGGAGUGGCUGGUAGAUUGGAACUGCUGGCCUUUAGGUUGGCAGCUGAGCUCUGACCCGCUGCGCUACCAAGAUUCCAACAAACCUGGUGUGAUGAUAAGAUUUGCUGCUAAUGGGGCAGUAUUAAUCAUCCUGUAAGCAAGACCUUGGAGUUCCUGCUCUGUGAGCCAUGGACGCUUGUAAUUCAAAUGCAGGCUUCCCCUCAGGAGUAAAAAUGCACUGGGACCAGUGAUCUUCCUGGGCAUCUUACUGUCCUAGAGGAGCCACACCUCGAGUGCAUCCCUGUAGAAACCCCGGCCCCAAACCUGACUUCCCCUUCUUGAACAUCGGCCAGGAUGUGAGCUGGUUGAGGGAAACCUGAGUCUGUAUGUUAAUACUGAGCAAGCCGGGGAGGAGAGACCACCGUGGGAGGGGUGGGAAGGUCAGCGCCGGGGCGUCUUACCAGGGCACACCUGCAGCCCCAGCUCUGUACAGGGCUGUAGUGGCUGACCACCACUCCUCAUCCCGGCCCUGAGGAGGGGACCGCACCACAGUUCCCAUCUUUCUGGGGAAGAAACAGUCUCAAGAGGUUAGGGUCACACAGCUAGUGAGAGACAAGCCAGAACAGGUUUCAAAAGGCCUUCUGAGAUCCAGCUUGUGGGCCUAGGUGGUGGGACUGCCACUUCCUAUCAAAUCCACAUCAGCAGAGAAGCAGGCCAUGGUGGUCAUUAGACCUCCAGUCUCCGGGUGACCGGGACAGAGCUCCUGCACAGAGGGACGGUAACGACCACCCAUCUGUCCGAGGUCAUUUUCUGAAUACCAGGCAGAUCCAUCCCACAGGCUUCCUUCUGACUUGAAAGCCAGACCCUUUCCUCAGGCUCAGCCAGAGUGCCCUACACAGAUACAGAACCAGCCUCUCCAGGAUCCCUGUUCCCUCAUUCUGCCUUUAUUGUGGGCCCUCGGCCUCCAUCUGCCAUUUUCCCUCCUAAAUCCAGUUUAUUUCCUCAAAAGCCAGUUUAGCUGGAUUGAGCGGUCUGGUCCAUCAAACACGCUGAGCCUUGAGAGUCCACCGCACCCUGAGGCUGAGUAAGAACUGAGGGGAAGCAUGCUGCGAGAGAAAAGCAGACGGUCCAAAUGGGAAGCCCUCUUCCCUGGGAACAGUGGUCUGGCACUGUGUGAGGCCAGCUGCACAGUGAAGUGGACAAGGCCUUCGAAAAAGGGCGGUGUGGUCGUUCUCCAGUGGGCAUUGGGUGACAGGAGGACCUGGCAUGGAGAACUCUGAGAGCUUGUGAGAACAGGGCUGCCCAAGCCACUGGGGAUGACAGCCACCAGGAAUGUGAGUGGGUGACAUAGGGAAAUGCAUGGACCUGAAAGGACCUGGGCACUCAGCUGAGGUCGGACGAACCCUGGACUGGAGGAGGAGGUCUGGGGAGAGAGUAGUGAUCCGCCUCCUGGCCUGAGCAGCCGCCAUCGGGGAUUUAUGUGCAAUCACACACACCCGUCUGUGUGUGCACACGAUGUGUGUAUCUGCAAGAAUGCUCACCAGAAUGGUACCACCUGACUCGUAGGAUUUUCCCCUUUGUUCUCAGUACAUUUUAAACUUAACAUUAUGUACAUUGGUCAGGUAUUUAUAAAGAGAAAUAAAAACAAGAGGAAUGAAUGCCAGAGAAACAAACUAGAAAUCCUCAAACCCUCUCUAACAAACAAAAACUCUCAAACCAUGAAUAAACUAGUGGUCAUGGUGUCCAAAUUCCAGGUCCGGUUCUGAGGUGCACGUCGCUAGUGAGGUUUUCGGCCUCCGCUAAAGAGUGGGUGGAAGUUUGCUGUGACUCCGCAGCUUGCCGACGCAGCAAACUUCCUCAUGUGAGUGUCUCCACCAGCCUGGAACCCACAAGUGUUUGUUUGCAAGUCUGAGAUGCAGUUAUCCAAGGACGGCAAACACAGGAGGCCGAGGAGCGAGGGAGUUCUCAAGCCAACGAGAAAAGUGGCACUGGGGACUUCAAAGCCUAGCACCUCCCGGGGCGUGCGAUGUGGCCACUGCGGAGCCGGUGAGCACACUUCAGGGCUGGGUGAGAAAUGGUGGGACUCUCAGCACCCAACCUCACCCCCCACCCCGUGACUGCUCAUAAAAGCCCCCUCAGGCCCUGCUCUGUAAGGAGGGGAGACAGGGACGAAGCAGGGGCAGGGGGGGCAGGGUCCCUCUGGUCAGUUUGGGCCAUGCACGCUGCCUCCAUCUUCCGUCCGACUCUGCUGCUCUGCUGGCUGGCUGCCCCCCAGCCCGCACACCCCGAGAUCCUUUUCCACAGCCGGGACCACUCGGACCUGGAGCCAUCCUUCCUGCGUCAGGCCCAGCCCAUCGCCAACCCCCGCACCGCUCAGCGCUUCCUGGCCAAGUACGGCUGGAUUGCGGUCCCCCGACCCGGAGACCCAGGGCCCAGCGCCUUCGCCGAAGCCAUGCGUGCCUUCCAGAGCGCCAACCAGCUGCCAGCCACCGGGGUGCUGGAUGUGGCCACGCUGCGGGCCAUGAACAGACCGCGUUGCGGCGUCCCUGACCACCGGGGAACCCCCGACCCCCGCGGCACCUCGGAUCUCCAAACCAUCCCCAAGCCCCGCAGUGGUCCUGAUCCCCAAGGUGCCUUCGACCCCCGUGGAGCCCUUGAUCUCCGCGGCGCCCCCGGCCCCCAGAGUGACCCCCAUCCCCGCAGCGCACAGACCCCGCCGGCCCGGGCCCGAGCUAAGCGCUUCCUGCAGCUGCUCCGCCCCCUGCUCGGCUGGGAGGAGGCCUCCAGGGACAGCGGUGCCACCAGGGCCUUCUCCAAAAGGAUCCUCAAGUGGAGGCUUGUGGGGGAGGGGUACAGCAGCCAGCUGCCCGCAGACGAACAGAGGUACAUCUUCAGACUGGCCUUCCGGAUGUGGAGUGAGGUGACGCCGCUGGCCUUCCAGGAGGACCUGACCGGCCCCGCUGCCCAGGUUGACGUCAAGCUGGGCUUUGGAAGAGGUCGCCACCUGGGGUGUCCGCGGGUUUUCGAUGGGAGCGGGCAGGAGUUUGCCCACGCCUGGCGCCUAGGCGAUGUUCACUUUGAUGACGAUGAGCACUUCACGCCUCCCACCAGUGACACCGGCAUCAGCCUUCUCAAAGUGGCCGUCCAUGAAAUUGGCCAUGUCCUGGGCUUGCCUCACACCUACAGGACAGGAUCAGUAAUGCAGCCGAAUUAUAUUCCCCAGGAGCCUGCAUUUGAGCUGGACUGGUCAGACAGAAAGGCCAUUCAAAAGCUAUAUGGUACCUGUGAAGGCUCAUUCGAUACUGCGUUUGACUGGAUUCGCAAAGAGAGAAACCAAUACGGAGAACUGUUGGUGAGGUUUAGCACGUAUUUUUUCCGCAACAGCUGGUACUGGCUUUAUGAAAAUCGAAACAACAGGACACGCUAUGGGGAUCCUAUCCACAUCCUCAUGGGCUGGCACGGGAUCCCAGCGCAGAACAUCGAUGCUUUUGUCCACAUCUGGACGUGGAGAAGAGAUGAACGCUAUUUUUUUAAAGGAAAUCAGUACUGGCGGUAUGACAGUGACAAGGAUCAGGCCCACACAGAAGAUGAACAAGGAGACCGCUACCCCAAAUUGAUUUCAGAAGGGUUUCCUGGAAUCCCAAGUCCCCUGGACACUGCCUUUUAUGACCGACGGAAGCGACUGAUUUACUUCUUCAAGGGGUCCUUGGUGUUUGCAUUUGAUGUCAACAGAAAUCAAGUACUUAAUUCUUAUCCAAAGAAGAUUAUUGACGUUUUCCCGGCAACAGCUUCACAAAACCAUCCUUUCAGAAACAUAGAUUCAGCUUAUUACUCAUACGCACACAACUCUGUUUUCCUUUUCAAAGGCAACGUGUACUGGAAAGUAGUUAAUGACAGGGACAAACAGCACAACUCUUGGCUGCCUUCUAACGGAUUAUUUCCCAAAGAGUCGAUCUCAGGGAAGUGGUUUGACAUCUGCGAUGUCCACACGUCCACGCUAGGCAUGUAAAGAGAGCGAGAGGAAGAUGGAGACAGUCACAGGGUUUCUCUUUUACACAGAAAACCAACCAGCUUUUUAGUGACUGAAGUGAACACGGUUCCCUAAGUUAAAACCCAAGAGAAAAAGCAUUCUUUAGAAUUUUAAAAUACUUUAUUUAAAAAACCAAUUUUUCAGUCAAAAAAUAACUUACAAAAUAAUUCUACUGACUUUUUAGGAGAGGUAAAACAAAAGCCUCCUGAGGAGCUCUGCCCUGCCUCCCCCCCCCCCACUUUGGGGCUCCGUGGCCGUGGUCCCAAUGCUGCCCCCUCCCCAGUUUCAGGAGUAGGUAGGGGGACAGACAUAGCCAGGGGGUGCAACCAGGGAAGGAGAGGUCACCCCCUAGGCGCAUGGAAAAAUUUUACUGAGCUCAGCAUUUCAGGAUUCAGUGGGCAAGUGGACAGAACCCAGAGGAACUACACUCCCAAGUCCCUGUCACGACAAUUCUUUUCCUCCCAGCUGACUGUACAAAAGGUGCUCUCUGUCUUGGUCUCCCCAGCUGCGUCAGAGAGGCAGGGGAGACGACUGGGCCCUUCCUAGUUAAAGACACUAAAAUCGCUAGUGUGUCCUGACCAAAGUCAAACCCCGUGAACGUCGCCUCCUCACUGGAGCCCGCUGGGUCCACUCCGUGUCUCGUGGUGUUUGCACACAGGCUGUGUCCCCUUUCUGGCCCACUACGCUUCGUUUCCUGUCCUUCCUCCUGCAGAGCAGCAGACGCGCCACGUGACAACUUCUUUACGCCUUGAAAGCUAAACCACCAAAACCAGACCCUCGAGCUAGCUGGACUGUUUAGUUUUGCUAGAUCGGCUCUAGCUAGCGUUAGAUCAGUAGAUCUAGGCUAGGGUUACGUGCCUUUAAUCUUUACACAAUCUGGCUAUCGCAUCUUAACACAAGCGAAAAUCAACAAGAAAAGCAAUGUUGUGUAAUGAUGGGGGCAGAAUCUGGGUGAUGACGUUAACAGAGCUUCAGUAGUCUCCACAAUCAAGCCACACUCUAUUUUCUUCUAAAGGAACAGCUAAAAUGGGGCACUCUAAGAAGCUUUACUUAAAAAGGACCGUCAUAUUCUUUGCAGAAACACUUUCAUGUUAGUGCUCUGACAAGGGCAGUUCACUAGCAGUUAUAUUUUCUAGCUUAAAAACAAACCUGCCCCUUGACUGAAAGGCAGUUCAGCUAGAGAGAGGCUAGGAGACAGACACCCUGGCAUCCCAACUCCAGCUCACUCCCACCGAAGCAGGAAGAUUCUUUCUGAAUUAAUGAAGCCAAGAGGUGGAACCAGUGGCAAAUGGCUGGUUAUUGUCCGUGUGCCUGCUGCUGGGGAAGCAGCAGGACCCCAGCCCUGACACCAGAUGCGACUGGCUGCACAACCACUUACAAUGACUCAUUUUUGCAAAUGGAUACAACUCUGUCCCAAGGCCAGUGCGACUAAGCAAACAACAGGGAGGGGGACAAAUGGCAAGGACAGAUCUGCCAAGUGAUGGCAGAUGCUAACUCGGUGUCAGUGAAAACACCUGAGUGAUCUCUGUAAGACAGACAGCAGCAUGCACAACUAGCGCGGCUGAAAACCAAGUUUAUCCCAGACUGUUUCCACUACAGCUCUGGUUCCUUCAAGGAAGCACAGCUGGCGAGGGGAGGGCCGACAGCGAGGAGAGGCCGCAGGCAGACGGAAGGGAGCCCCAGCGCGCCAGCCUGCAUGCAGGUCCACAGCACACCUGAAAGCAGUGUAAGCCCUUGCCUACCCAGGUUCGUGCACAUAAACCAUCAACCCUGAUAAAGCAGAAGAGAUUUGAUUUAUACGUACCUCAUCUUUCCUAAUGAAGACAGGGCAAAAGAAGCCUGUACACUGCAGAGAGCAGAGCACAUCUACACGCAGCUGGACAGGCACACGGCUGCAGUGCGCGUGUCUACACACAGCUGGGCAGGCACACGGCUGCACUGAGCAUGUCCACACGCAGCUGGACAAAUGCCACGUGGCUACAGUGAGCACGUCUACACACAGCUUUACAGGGACAUGGCUGCAGUGAGCAGGUCUACAUGCAGCUGGACAGGCACACAGCUGCAGUCAGCACGUCUACACGCAGCUGGGCAGGCACACAGCUGCACUGAGCAUGUCUACACGCAGCUGGACAAAUGCCACGUGGCUACAGUGAGCACGUCUACACACAGCUUUACAGGGACAUGGCUGCAGCAAGCACAUCUACACACAGUUUAACAGGCACAUGGCUGCAGUGAGCACGUCUACACGCAGCUGGACAGGCACACAGCUGCAGUCAGCACGUCUACACGCAGCUGGGCAGGCACACAGCUGCAGUCAGCACGUCUACACGCAGCUGGGCAGGCACACAGCUGCAGUCAGCACGUCUACACGCAGCUGGGCAGGCACACAGCUGCACUGAGCAUGUCUACAUGCAGCUGGACAAAUGCCAUGUGGCUACAGUGAGCACGUCUACACACAGCUUUACAGGGACAUGGCUGCAGUGAGCAGGUCUACACGCAGCUGGACAGG